AAUGAGAAGAUCCUCCUCGCGGUAUCGAUUACGACGCGCUGUUGCUGCUGCUGCUUUUACUCCUGACGUUUGAGUUUCGGUCUAUAUACGAUUUUAACUAAUUUAUUACAUAUGCGUAUGCAAAGAGAAACUCUGUACGAUAUUACGAUAAUUGACCGAUGGUAAACUAAGGUCUGUAAAUUUAUUUAUCAUCGUAUUUCCGUCUUAUUCUUGGAGUAUAAUUAUAAGUGCAGUUUUACUUUGAUAUCAACCUAAAAAUUUUACCACCGCGGCGGAGAAGUGCUAGAAGUGCAAAGAACUAAGGAAAUUGUAUAAUUAAUAGUGACAGAGGUGUGGGUGUGUGUUUUUUACGAUACACGACGAAAUAGAAAGAUCGAGGUGAAGAUUGGAAAAAUAGUGUCGCGCAAUUUUUUUUUUUUUUUCUUUAGAUGUGUCGUUACAGUUGUCAAUGUUGUUUGGACUAAUGAUUCAAGAUCCGUUGUUUGCUGUCGCUGUUUCGUUUGGUCGUUGAUGUAUUAAUUACUUCACACACGCAGGCGAAGAGGAAGAAGCGGAGAGAAGGAGGAAAUAUCAUAAGUGGAAUAUUCUAGGAAACUCGGAUGCAUUGACGUUGUUACAUUUGCUUGUCAUACUUCAUCGGACAGAGAAAAAUAUAUAUAAAGAAACAAAGAAAGAAAGAAAGAUAUACUAAGAAAGGAUAUACGUAAAACACAGUAUUAACAACGCAAAUUUACCGUUGCUCGAUUUUUCUGUAGAAAUAAUAUAUAAAGAAAUCGUUAUAUAGGUAGAUAUCCUUUAUUCUCCUUUUCUUUCUUUCUCUUUCUCUUUUUCUCGAAAUGACGAACAGAUGCCUGCAUCGCGUCUUUUCACGCAGAUGACGUUUUGACGUAACGAUUGUAUCAUCGUUGUUUUGCAGCAGUUCGCGAAGCGGAGGAGGAGGCGGUGGAGGAGGAAUUGUGGAGGGCGAAGGAGGCAAUCCGCGGGUGGAUAAGCAUAGGACGAGCAGGAAGAGGCGGAGGAUUUGAAGGUACAAGUCAAGCUGGCGCGCGGUGCUGGCAUCUCGGAGGUCCAUAGUUUGCGGUAGGAUAGGAGGAGGGCCGCGGGUUGCAGGUGCAGUUGAAGCGGUACAUUCGAAAACCGGAGGAGGAUCAUCGAGUUCGGUGUCGUCGUUUACGUCAAUCGAAUCCAGUCACAACGUUACUGUAAUAAUCCCAACAGCGACACCGACAACAACAGCAGCAGCAGCAGCAGCAGCAGAAGCAUCGUCGUCGACGGUAGUAACAACAACAAUAAGAACAAGAACAGCGUCAAGAAAGAAGGAGAAGAAGAGGAAGAGGAAGAAGGAGGAGGCGGUGGUGGUGGAGGAUAGUAAAUAUCGUAUCGAGAGGAUCUGGGGCGAGAGGAGGAAGAGGAAGAGGAAGAGGUAACGAGGAGAGGAGGGACGACGACGGACCCCUGCAGGCCUGGACAUCAGGUCCCCCUCCCCCCCCUCCCGAACCCCUCCCUCUAUUCAACCCCGGCCCCCCUGCCUCUCUCUCACCCCUCCCACCCACCCACCCUCCCGUCCGACCCCACGCACCCUUAACCCACUACCCCUUCCGUCGCUUGGAGAAAACCCGACUACGGUCUGUUUUUCGAUAGAGAAACGGGGUACGAAAACGCAUCAUGAACGAACUCGAUAGUCUUCGCCAGGAGGCGGAGACGCUCAAGAAUGCGAUCAGGGAUGCUAGGAAAGCGGCAUGCGACACAAGUCUUUCCCAGGCGACGUCAGGCAUGGAACCAAUUGGGCGGAUACAGAUGCGAACGAGACGCACACUUCGCGGCCAUUUGGCAAAGAUUUACGCUAUGCACUGGGGCAGCGACUCCAGUAGGAACCUAGUAUCUGCGUCCCAGGAUGGCAAGCUGAUCGUCUGGGACAGCUACACAACCAACAAGGUCCACGCCAUACCACUCCGCUCUUCGUGGGUAAUGACAUGCGCCUAUGCGCCGUCGGGCAGUUACGUCGCUUGUGGUGGCCUCGACAAUAUAUGCUCCAUUUAUAGCCUCAAAACAAGGGAAGGCAACGUCCGGGUAAGCCGAGAGCUGCCCGGUCACACUGGAUAUUUGUCAUGCUGCCGGUUCCUCGACGACAAUCAAAUCGUCACUAGCUCAGGUGAUAUGUCAUGCGCGUUGUGGGAUAUCGAGACUGGUCAACAGUGCACAUCGUUCAUUGGUCACACAGGUGACGUUAUGUCGCUGUCGCUGGCGCCAGACAUGCGCACAUUUGUAUCGGGUGCCUGCGACGCAAGUGCCAAGCUAUGGGAUAUUCGCGAGGGUUCAUGCAAGCAGACUUUCCCGGGUCACGAGAGUGACAUUAACGCCGUUACGUUCUUCCCUAACGGCUACGCGUUCGCAACCGGUUCAGACGACGCGACGUGCAGACUAUUCGACAUAAGGGCAGACCAGGAACUCGCUAUGUACAGCCACGACAAUAUUAUCUGCGGCAUAACUAGUGUGGCUU